AUGUGUGAUUCUAACAAGCCCUUAAGAUAUGUUGAUAUUGGAAUCAACCUUGGUGACCCUGUAUUUCGAGGAGAAUAUCACGGCAGACAGGUUCAUGAGAAUGACCUUGACGAUAUCAUUCAGCGUGCCCGCGAUGUGGGGUGCACGAAGUUCAUGGUGACUGGUUCAGACCUAGUAGAAUCUCGGCAUGCUAUUCAGAUUGCUCAACGUUACCCCGGUUUCUGUUACGCAACUGUUGGUGUUCAUCCGUGUCAAGCAAAACACUUCGAUGAAUUCUCUGGCGGUCCAGAUAAGAUGCUGGAGGAGCUGAAGUCUCUGGCGCUGGAAGCAAAAGAAGCCGGGCAUGCUGUUGCAUUCGGUGAAAUCGGUCUAGAUUAUGACCGACUGUUCCUCAGCGCCAAAGAGCCUCAGCUGAAAUAUUUCGAAGCUCAACUGGAUCUUGCGGUGGAAAUACAGCUCCCGCUCUUCCUUCAUUCCAGAGCCGCCAGUGAGGAUUUUGAGAAGUUGCUAGCUCCCAGACUGGAGAAACUUCCCAAGAAAGGCUUGGUGCACAGUUUUACAGGGACGAUGGAGGAGAUGGAACGGAUGGUGGCACUGGGUUUGGACGUCGGUGUCAACGGAUGCAGCCUGAAGACGGAGGAGAAUCUGGAGGUGGUGAAAGCUAUCCCACUUGAUCGAAUCCAGAUAGAGACAGAUGGUCCAUGGUGCGAGAUCCGGCCCUCUCACGCAUCUUCUAAGUACCUGGAGGGUGCUCCCGCAUUGCCCAAGGCAGUCAAGAAGGAGAAAUGGCAGAAAGGCCUCAUGGUCAAGGGCCGCAAUGAACCCGUUGCGAUAGCCCAUGUCGCCCAUGUCAUCGCUAAACUAAAAGAUAUUACUGUGGAGGAGGUUUGCGAGGCGGCUUGGAAUAAUUCGGUAAGAAUGUUCGGACUCGGAGAGGAAGUGUCAUAA